UACGGGAAAGUCGUUAAACUUCAUUAGAGUAUCUCGUCGAUCCAUGACACACGAACAUUCGUAAAUAUAAACGUUGACAGAAACAUCGCAUUGGAAACGAAAUUGAAAGAAACUAAGGUAUUUAUCUAUUUUGGCAGUUACGAAUCCCGAAGAUUAAAUAAUUGGCUCGUGAAAUUGUGAAAACUUACAACCUACCUGUUGCGCACGUUAAAAUCAAAACAAUGUGUCUUCAGUCCGCGUAAUGUGAAAUAUUGAAUAGGGGUGAUAGGGGACAGUGAAAUUUGUCAUUUGUUUGUAGAUGGCACCACUCGUCAGCCCCAACAAGUGGUGCCACUUGUCGGAAUCUGUUCACAACUUUGUCUCAAGUUGAAAAUGUCUCCUGGUUUUGUUUAUAUUUUAUAUCUAUACGUACGUAUACACAUAUCCACUAUAUACAAAACAUUCCGAGCCGCAUUAUUGCGGAUGUAGUCAUCAUUAACAUUGAUCCCCGUUCGAUGAUGAUACAAAGCGGCUUUUAAUAGUCGUAAAGUACAUAAUACGCGCAAUCCUCUUUUUCAUUUCAAAUUAUAAAUAACAGUCGUAUGUCAUCACUAGAGAGGUGAAGUGGUUGCAAUAGUGUAGCACGCACAGUGUUAACCUCAAAGCGAAUGCUUCGAGUGUUUCAAACAAUAGUCGUUCUUGCUCGUACAGUGGUGUGAAAGAAAAAUGUGGCGAUGAUUGAAGGAUAUCUUUUGGAAAUAAACACUCGUGCAUUUUUAAAAUUGCGUGCUCAUUUGAAAUCGUAGCCAAAUUGUAUUUUUUAAGGUGCUAAGAUUAUCUACUCGUAACGUCGGUAUUCGAAAUUCUCGAUCACUUCCGGUUGCAUGAUAACCAUGGAAACUGAGAAGAGUUGCAACAAAAUAGGGUCAUCGCAUUCGGUUGAUGAAUCGGAUGCGUGCGCAACCGAAGAAGACGAAUAUCCGGCUGGGACUACAAAAUUCGAGUGUCAGGUCGCCGGGCAUCCGUUCGAUCCAGAAAAAAAUAAAAUUGGAAUGCUGAAAGGUGAAAACGGCCAAGUAUUGAAAUCAUGCGAGAAGCCCGUCCUCCACGAGAGAGAAAUCGCUUUUUACGAAGCAAUUAAAAAUUCGGAUGAUCCAAUUUACAAGGAAUUAGCGACAUUCACACCAAAGUACAUGGGAACAAUGGAAUCCGUUUACAAAAACCGACCCAUCAAAUUCAUCGUUCUGAAGGAUUUGACGGAAGGAAUGACAGAGCCAUGCGUGAUGGACAUAAAAAUAGGUGAACGCACGUGGGAUCCGCUCGCGGGUCCGGAUAAACGAGCGGCCGACGAUCGGAAGUACACAGCUUCGAAAAAAGCCUACGGUUUUUGCAUACCUGGUUUCCAGGUGUACGAUCUCGAGAGUGGAAAAUUACGGAGAUUCAACAAAGUUUACAUGAAAAAAUUGGACGCCCAGGGUGUCCUGGACGCUCUCAAGGUAUUUCUCAACGCGUCGACGGGGGAAAAAUCGCCGAAUCGUCAGCUGGUAGUGAAUUUACUAUCUCAUCUGUGGAAGAUUCUCGCAUUUUUUCGGACGCAAAAAAAAUUGCGAUUUUACGCGAGUUCGUUGUUGAUAGUUUACGAUGCGAAGCGGUUGCGUGGUUUGGUGCGAGCGGGUACGAGCAUAAAUAACGCCGCGUGUGUUAUUGAUACACGGAGAAGAACGUUGCAGUCGUGCGAGUCCUCCGGAUUAUCCGGGUAUUCGAGGAGCAACGGUCCGGCAGAAUUCGAAAAAUCAGCCAGAAGUUUGUCCCCAUCAAUUUCGAGCGGUCGAUCCUCGGUGGGUGGAACGAUGGCGAAAAGCAAUCGUGUGCGCGCGAUCGAUCGGCUCAACAGACUGAAAAGAAGCGCGAGUUUAAGCGGCUGCGAUUUUACGAAUAACUCGCCGAAUGCGAGCGGCCAACAAGCCGACACAAAAAUUGAGCGGAGCGGCUCUUUCGGGCGAGGACUCGACGAAAAAUUCAGCCCUCUGUGUCGCACUCACUCCUACACGAAUAAUUACGACCGUGACAUUCUCGAAAUCAAAGAGGAUUACGCGGCAUUGCUCGAAAAGUUGACCGGUAAAUCUAGGCAAGGACUCAACUGGGUUCGCGUUAACAUGAUCGAUUUCACUCACGUAUUUGACGCAGAGGACGACAGCGUUGACACUAAUUAUCUCCGGGGUAUCGAGAAUCUUAUCAAAAUAUUGGAGAAUUUUUUAGCUUGAGAAAUUUUAUCCGAAACGCGUCGCCCUUCGGGAAUGUGAAAACCUUUAUUUUUUCUGCCUUUUCAGAGAAAGUCAAAUCUCUAUUACGCCACACGUUGCCAGAUUCUUAAAUUAUUAUUCAUUAGUCCAGUCAUCCGAUCGACGUUUCUAUUUUCACGGGCAGUAUUAUUAUUCAAAGUCUUUAUUAUGAUAAUUCCGAACAUGCGAUUAAUCGAAACGAGGCUUAAAGUUUAUGCCAAAAUGUGUAAUCCGAGUAGGAUAAAUUUUUCGUAGUUUUUACAAACUUAUAAUCAUUGAUAGGAAUUUAAAAUAGUUCAAUUUUUCAUUGAACUUUACACGCACUUACGAAUCUUUUUAGUAGAUUGUUAUCAUGCAAAAUAACUCAAACAUCCUUCGAUAAAUGAUGUUUGUGAAGAAUAAUUCAAUAACAGUACCUGUACAUAAUAAAUGCAAGAAAAACUCGUCGAAUUAAUCGUGUUAUUGAAUAAUAUUUUAUUCGCCAUUCACUUAUUAAACAGUAUUUUUUUUCUUGUUUUUUUUUUUUUUUAUACAUUGUUUCGGGCGACAAACACGCGAAAGCCCGAGACGCUUUUUCGGGGUUGGCGCGCGCGUAAUCAACGGACAAUAA